AUGGAGGCUGCUAGAACAAACUCCUCCUCUACUCCUAAGGGCCGAGGAGUAAAUUUCUCGGCCCCGAGAAGCUUUUUCGUUAAAUUUAGAUCAAAAUGUAAAGAAACCUUCUUCUCAGACGAUCCAUUCAAACCAAUAUCGCAAGAGCCAAACGGUUUGAUGAAAACAAAAAAACUAUUGGAGUAUUUUGUGCCAAUCUUUGAGUGGCUUCCAAAGUACAACCUUCAAAAACUAAGGUACGAUGUGCUUGCCGGUAUCACCAUUACCAGUCUCGCGGUUCCACAAGGUAUCAGCUAUGCGAAGCUCGCCAAUAUCCCUCCCAUCAUAGGCCUAUAUUCAAGUUUUGUGCCGCCAUUUGUGUACGCUGUAUUCGGAAGUUCAAACAAUCUGGCAGUUGGGACAGUUGCAGCAUGCUCCCUGCUGAUCGCUGAGACAAUCGGUGAGAAUAUGUCGAAAGAAAAGCCUGACCUCUACCUUCAUCUGGUCUUCACCGCCACAUUCAUCACCGGUGUAUUCCAAUUCGCCUUAGGGUUCCUCAGGUUGGGAUUAUUGGUGGAUUUCUUGUCACACUCGACUAUAACGGGCUUCAUGGGCGGUACCGCUAUCAUAAUUCUUCUCCAACAGCUUAAGGGUUUGCUUGGUUUAGAACACUUUACGCACAAAACCGACGUUGUUUCGGUUAUCCACUCGGUCGUGACCAAUCGAGUUGAGUUGAAGUGGCAAAGUGCACUUGCUGGGGUCUGCUUUCUUAUUUUCCUCCAAUCCACUCGAUACAUAAAGAAGAUUAAACCAAAGCUAUUUUGGGUAUCAGCAAUGGGUCCAAUGGUGGUAGUCCUUGUGGGUUGCCUAGUUGCUUAUUUGGUCCAUGGAUCAGAACAUGGCAUCAAAACUGUUGGGCCAUUAAAGAAAGGACUAAACCCUCCUUCUAUUCAUUUCUUGAAUUUCGAUGCCAAGUAUUUACCCUCGGUUCUUAAGGCGGGAAUGGUCACUGGCCUCAUUGCUUUGGCCGAAGGGAUAGCAAUCGGAAGAAGCUUUGCUGUAAUGAAGAACGAGCAAACGGACGGAAACAAAGAGAUGGUAGCAUUUGGUCUUAUGAACAUCGUUGGCUCCUUUACUUCUUGUUAUUUGACAACAGGACCAUUUUCAAAGACAGCAGUGAACUACAAUGCGGGGACAAAGACACCAAUGGCAAAUGUAGUGAUGGGUAUUUGCAUGAUGCUUGUGCUUUUGUUCCUUGCACCUAUAUUCAGCUACACACCUCUGGUUGGUCUCUCAGCUAUAAUUAUGUCAGCCAUGUUGGGUCUCAUCGACUACGAGGAGAUGUACCAUCUCUUCAAGGUUGACAAGUUUGAUUUCAUCGUCUGCAUGACCGCUUUCUUCGGUGUUUCCUUCCUUAGCAUGGACUACGGUCUCGUGAUGUCCGUUGCGGUUUCUAUCCUAAGAGCCUUGUUGUACGUUGCAAGGCCCUCCACUUGUAAAUUGGGAAGGAUUCCAAACUCGGUCAUGUUUCGAGACAUUGAACAGUAUCCGAGUACCGAGGAAAUGCUUGGUUAUGUCAUUCUUCAAUUGGGUUCUCCUGUCUUCUUUGCCAACAGCACUUAUGUCCGCGAGAGGAUUUUGCGGUGGAUUCGUGAUGAACCUGAAGCCGUUGAAUUUCUUCUACUUGACCUCUCUGGAGUUUCAACCAUUGACAUGACCGGGAUGGAGACGCUACUCGAAGUCCGGAGAAUCCUUGGAGCAAAAGGCAUAAAGAUGGUGGUAAUAAAUCCAAGAUUUGAAGUCUUAGAAAAGAUGAUGUUAGCACAUUUUGUGGAGAAGAUAGGAAAAGAAUAUGUCUUCUUAUCCAUUGACGAUGCAGUUCAAGCGUGCCGAUUUAAUCUUUCCACCACCUCCACCAAACCCCAACAGUGA